AGGGCGUCCGAAGAGGGCUGCUUGCGGUGGAUUGGAGUUGGAGGAAUCCGAUCUAUCUGCAUCUGUGAAUUAGGGUUUAGGGUGCAAUGCAGCAGCAUGGUCCAUUGUUCAACUCUCAUGUGAAGCUACUCGCCUUCGAUCUUCUUUCCCUCGCCCAAACCCCUUCUUCUUCUAACUCUUCUCUCUCUUUCUCUCGCAGAGGCAUCCCCCUCUCUCGCACCGAAGCCGUUGGCACCGUCACCUCCCGUGAACUCAAACCCCACAGAUUUCUCAAGUUCACCCUCGACGACGGCACCGGCUGCGUCAACUGCAUCCUCUGGCUCAACCACUUCUCCUCUCCUUCCGAUGCUGCCCUGAUUGCUGCGGCCGCGGCUGCCUUCGCCGAUCUCGUCCAGCUGGGGAAGGUAGCUAGAGUGCGAGGCCAGAUCACCAGCUUCAGAGGCGCGUUGCAGAUUACGGUGUCCGAUGUUGUGAUCGAGAGGGACCCCAAUGCAGAAAUCUUUCAUUGGCUGGAUUGCCUCAAUUUGGCGCGCAAGUGUUAUGACGUUUUGCCUUCACCGCCUUCUAAACCCAACUAAAGUCAGUCGUCCAUGCGGAAAGGUACUUGGUAAGAGUGAAAAAGAAACUUAACAAAGAGAACCCAACACAAGAUGUGAUCCUUUUCAUUUCCUGGUGGGGUUCCAAUGGCAAAAGGAAAGCUCGAUGACUUUGAUAUUUAUUGGUGUUAGUUUACUCUGAAAUCUUGUGAGGCUAUGAAGCUGGUAUCCAUGAUAGAGUUGGACAUGCCUGAGGCUGAAGGGGAGGUUUUAGACAGAUACAAGUGGAAGUAGACGAUCAGGCUCAGGCUGUUAUCCAAUUGUUGACAAGGAAUGGCAAUAGAUUGCGACAUGAACACUCCCGCGCACUGUCAAAAGGCCAUGGAGUGUUCGACUGAGGUGGAAGAGCCAUAGUGCUGCAGCCUUGUUAAAAAGUGUGCACUUUGUCAUCAGAAAUGACGGUGGCGAAUGGAUCAUGGCCUCCAGAAAUAACCUGGGAUCCUUCCCUUCUACUGCAGCUGUGAUUCUCGCGAUUAAGACAGGCCUGGCAGUAUGUAGAGGUCACCACUUUAGGGAAGUUCAACUGUUUUCUGAUUUUUUAGAAGCCAUCAACUAUUUAUCCAGGACAUUGGUAUUGAUCACCAGGGUUGAGAUUGAGGAAACUCUAUUUGUUUAAUUGUUUUGACUGAGAACCAAAAAUAAUAAUGACCGAUAUCUUUUGCAUA